CUGGAUGCAUUUGCACUUUGCAGCUGUUCGAUUUUUUUUCAAAAUAUUAUCGUCCAACCCAAUAAAGAAAUUGUUGCGCAGUUCAACAUGAUUCUACUUUCAUUUUUUUCUCAUUGCCAUUGAUUUAAAUGAAACCAGGAUUCAGUUCAGUGUUAGAAUAAAAGAACAAAGGGAAUGUGAUACAGGCUCAGAAUAAAAUAAUGGAUAACCUUGCUGAAUGCUCCAGACCGAAAAAAUCGAAAUCCUGCUCCAUUGAAUACCGCAACAACCUCAAAUCGCAAUGGGCCUUUUUGCCAUCCGUAGUGUUGCACCAAGUGUUUGAUUUAUUAGAUGCCGAAGACAGGAAGAAUGCUUCCAGCGUUUGUAGACAUUGGAGAGAGAGCCUGUUCCAUCCCAAAUGGUGGCAAUCGAUCAAAUUCAAAAUCGAACACGACAAUACACCAAAAGCAAAAUUUUACACUACAACCUUUGGACGUACAGCUACAGAGGCCACUAUCGCACUGUACUGUUUAUCGUCGCACUGUAUACACGAAUUUAUUCUACUGUUAAGACAGCUCCACAAAAAUAACCAUCUAACAAGAUUGGUUAUUGAACCGUCGCAUUGCCGAUUCGACGUUAGUGAUGAGAAAGACAUAAAUGAAAUAGUAGAUUUAAUUCUUGGCAUAUUGCCAAGACUUUCUGCGUUUAGUUUGGGAGGUUUGGAAGAUUUGGCUCAAUAUACUGAUUGUAUUUUGGGCACUUUGACUCCGCUUAAAGUUAAAUUGUUGGGACUUGCCUCCAUUAAGGAUGACAUUUCGAAUUAUGAAGAAAAACACUUCAAGCUCGAUUUAAUUUCUUUUUACAAAAAUCUACAAAUUCUCAGCAUAGACUAUGAUCAGCUCUCUGACAAAUUCCUCUACAGGUUGGAGGAAGCGAAAAAUCUUCAAAGACUCGUAGUACAUUUACAUGCCAUUCCUAAAAAUCAUCCGGGCACCACAAAUCUGGCCUGGAAAGAAUUUAAAACGUCCCAUCCCCAAUGCAUGCUUAGAUUGACUGUGAUCCAUGCCAAUUCUGCUAUACAGGAUUUGCACGUUGAAGUUUUAAGAAAUGAGAUGCCUUUGAGUCACUUUAAAGUGUUCUUCUGUGAAAGUGUAAACAUCGAUGUUCUUCACGAGUUAUCCACAUUUUACGCACGUACGUUGCGCAGCGUAGUUUGGAUAGAUUCGCUCAGCAAAUACCCGCACAGCUGGGCAAUCAAAGUAUCAGAAAGUCCCGAUCCUUUUGUCCUCAUGUCCUGGCUGUGCACUCAAUUCCAAGAACUGAUUUUGUACGGUUACAAGUAUCCGGAAGAAAAUUUGGUGGCCAUUGGCAGACUGAAGGGUACCAAAAUGAAAAAUUUGCAAAUUUCCAGUUCCGAUAUUGUGUCAUGUCGGGUGUCAUCUGCAACAAAGGAUAUUGCAAAUAAUCUGAAAAGCGCCUGGAAUCCUGUGCCCAGUGAGGAUUUACAUCCUGUCAUACUGGAUCCAAACUAUGGCGACUCUGACGAGUUUUUGUUGCCUUUUGUACUAGCUGAUCUACAAUAAUCUACAGAAAUAUUUACCAACAUACUCCAUUAAGGCUGGCUUUGUCUAUUUUCAUUGAUUUGCUUUGGAAUCAAUGAGAGCAAAUAACAACAGUCUAACUUUUAUGUUCCUUAUAUUACAGUUGGAUUCACAUGCAGCGUGUGUGUGAAUGCAACAGUACAGCUUUAUGUAAAACUAUUGCCAAGAAAAUAACAGUGGUGUGAAAUAGUGCCAUUUCAAAGUUUUACAUAAUUUAGAAUAUUGAUAAGAUCAAAAACUUAAUUAAGUAGAUCUCAAAAAAAAAGUUGCUUCAAAUUCAGCUACAUAGUAGAUAAGCACCAAAAUCAUCUGUGAUUGGACGAGAAGUUUGAAUGUAUAAUUACGAUCAAAGCAACGAUUUAUUAAAGAUAUUUGUUAAUCCAGUUGUUAAUGUUGAGAUAACUUCUAGUACCUGUAAGAAAGAAGCAUUUUUGUUAGCUAUGAACUGAAACAAUUGAUUUGUAUUAACAGUUGUUUGGUUGUUGUUUUUGGAUCCGUUUUGAUAAGGAUCCAAAUAUUAUUUGUUUUGAUUAUAUUGUAUCAUCAGUAUUGAAGUAUUUGUAAAGGGUUUGCCACUUGAUUUUCAAAUGAUUUUGAGAUUCAAAAUCUGGUAACAACUAAAUUUUGACAAGAAAUACAUAUUUUUGCUGUAAUUAUAAUUGGUCCGAGUAAAUUAGAGAACAGAUUCUUAAUAGGAAUAUAAUUUUUUGUCCUUAAACCGCCUCUAAGACAUCACUCAAAGAAGAAAAAAUGGAAUCGAAAAAUACUUCAGUUUACCAAUGGAUUGUGAAAUCAUACCUUGAGAGAACUUUAUGCAACAUAUUAUUUCACUUUCUGUCUAUUACAGACUCUUGGAGUUUUUUCUUAAAACUCUUGGAAACUUUCAGAGCUUGUGGAUUUGCAAUUUUUCCAAAUCAUAAAAUCAUGAUUCGGCCAUGUUUUAGGGGUGGUUUUUUUGGACUACAAGAGAUCUGUAAUUGUUGCACUAUUUGAAUUUCGCAACUAAAAUUAUUUCGCCCAUUGACUGUUUUUUUUUUACCCAAUUUACUAUAAUACUGAUGAUUUUUUGUUCUGUAUUCCAUCUUACAUAUUUUAAUCUGUAUUUUGUUUAUAAAACUAUCUCCAAACUGUUUUUUUGGAGACUUUUCUGUAUAUUUUUAUAUUUUAUACAAUCGGUUCGUUUAAGUCGCUGGUGAAAUUGAAACAAGAUUAAGUGUUACCGGCCACUUAAUACAAGCCUUAUAAAAAAGUGACGCAAUAUGUUUGCAAGAUUUGUGUCUGAACAUAUUAGCAGAAAAACGACACAAACUUAUUAAAUAAAUAAUGUAUAAAAACAAACAUCGUUCCUAUAAUGUAAAAAACCACACUUGACCAAAUAUCAAAAAAAAAUGAUGGCUUUAAAAAUAAAUCACCGCGAGAGUAGUCAUUCCAGUAUAAUUAAUAAUCUAUAUAAGAAAGAGAGCAAAAUGUUUUAUAUUAUUCGUUUGAAAAAAGGUUAGACUGACAGUAGUAGCAAGUACAAGUGUAAUUUUUACCAAAAUCCUUUUGUUAGAAGUCAUACUUGUACUAAAACCUGAUUUGUUGUUUGUUAUGUAAUUUUAAAUUGAUUAUAGAUUUGCUUCUUGAAACCCACACAACGAUUUGUAAGUUUAGAAGGCAUAUAAUAAGAUACAACUGUGAUAGAACUUGUGGGGUUUGAAUUUGACUGGAGAUGCUCUGAAAUUGUCCAAAAACGUCUUACAUGAAAACCAGGAAUAUUCAAAUUUGAGAAUUUUAAGUGAAUUUUUAUUACAAUUAAUUGAAGAAUUUAUUGCUUCUUCCUAAUAAAAAGGCAAGGUAAGUGAUUUUGAACAAAUUCCAGGAGGUUUUACAGCAUCAUUUUGAUGUUUUUAAUUAGCUCCAGCUUCACAUGAAGUAAAGCAAAAAUGUCCAAAUUUCAAAGCCUAAAACCAAAAUUCCCACCUAUAAAAAUAUCUCUGUACAGUACAGACGUUUUUGGAUAAGUUUUGCUUGGUAACUUUGCUCUCAAAGCUUAAGAAAAAUGUAUUAAGAUCUAAGUAGUACCUGAAAGUAUAUUAAAUAGUGAUAACAAACUCUAUAUGCCAAUAGAUCUAUUAAUGAGAAACUAGUCCAACGUUUUAAAAUAAAAUAUUGAAAAAUUUGUGUUAUGUGAUGUAUGAUUGGAUGAACAAAAAAAUGCGUUUUUCUAUUUAAAAAAUAAAAUAAAGUUUCACUUUUCUCUUGAAAAUACAAUUUCUAUGAUGUAAAUGAGUGAUUGUGCGAAACAUCAUUUCACAAGCAAUAUACAAAUAGUGGGACCAAAUUCUUCCCCCAAGUUUUUUAAAUAAGACAAAACGCAUUCGAUCCAGAAAAAAAUAUAUAUUAUAAAAAAAAACCUAUCGAGAUAAAACCAAAAUCUCAAAACUCAACUAUCUGUGAUGUAAUAAAAACGGACACAUUGUAAACAGCGUACAUAUGUUAAAUAACGCUCAAAUGUUGCAAUGAUAAGGUCUCACAAUCGGAGCAAUUUGUUCUGAUUUGAUUUAGUGAUACAAAAUGUAGCUGGCGAGGCUAUUUUGCAGAAUUAGUAGCAAAUAUCAAAGAGUGUUAGAAUGGAGACAAUAAAAUAAUAAUGGUGGAAGGGGUAUAAUAUAAAGUCUAAUUGUUUCGAGUGCAAUUAGGCUUUCGAAAGGACUGGAUUCUUGACUAAAUGAACUGCGCUUCUCAGACCAGAAGCACAGUUUUGAAGUAAGAAUCGACACCCAAAGCAGUUGCGAUAAAAAUAACGAAUUUUAGUUGUAUUUAGAAAUGUCUAUGGUUGCAAAAUUCUUUGUGUUGGUAAUAAGUAUUUUACUAAAAAACUACAAUGUUUGAAAACAUCAUCCAGAUUUUCGAAUAAAUCACACCAAAAAGACAAACUGGUAAGACUUUGCUGUAAAUCUUUUGUCACAUAUAAAUAUAGAUUUGUUAUAGAAUUGCCUAGAGUCAAGUCAUUGAAAAAUGUAAUUCACUCUUGGGACAAAAAGGGUCUUUAAUGACAUUUUAAAGAUUUAGAAAAUAAGAUUUCCAUAUUGACUUUUUCAUACCCUAUCAGAUAUAGACAGAAUAAUGCUAAACCAUAGACAUAACACAUAACCAUUUAGUUUUUAUUUAUGUAUUUUUAUUAGUGUUUUUGCAACUGCUGUGUCCAUUUUUUUUAACACUGUCAUGUUAUAGUAUAGGCAGUCUUUAUUUGUAUUUGAUAAUGUAUAUUUUUUGUUUAUUUUUCUUUUUCUAUAUUGUAGAUUUAGGUUAUGCAACACCAUUUUCUUAGAAGCAGCUUUUCGUUCUAAUAUCUGCACUUACAAGUCCAAAAAGAAAAAUGAUAAUUUGUUUCAGCAUUAUCCGAAAGUUAGGUUUUCUGUUUGAAAUUUCGAAUUGUUAAUUUUUCUAGAUAUUAAAAUACUAUAGUGGUUAGGGAUUAUAUGGGCUAAUUGCACAACUCUGUUUAAUGUUUAAAAAAUUAUAAACCUUAUCUAAUCACUUAUUGUAACUUUUAAGUAUUAACUGUAAUAUUUCCGUCAAAAAAAAUUCACUGUGCAAAGAUUUUCCUUUUUUUUACUGCUAUAAACCUUAUUUUCAGCUACUUAAUAAUUUUUUGUUCUGUGAUAUUUGUUAUUAUGGCAGUACCAGCUGUGCAGACAGAAAUCCAAUAGUAUUUUGCGAGAUUUUUGUUCCAUUGCUGGCCACACAUAAAUUUCUUCUAAAAAAAUAUAUCAACCAUUAUUAGAUUUAGACGUAUUUUUAUAAUUUUACUAGUUUUAAGUAUUUGUUUCGGCCAAGAAUGACCCUAAAAUAACUAAAUUAGAGAUUUUAAGCUCCCUAUUAUCAUGUUAUUUAAUUGGUCAAAAUGUUUUGCCUUUAAUGACUGGAGGUUGAAAAUAAGUAGUUUUUUCUCCGAUAAAGUUCAACUUCCAAGAAUCUCUGGCUCUUGAAUUGACUUCUUGCCGCAAUUUUGUAUUCAAAUGGAAGUUGAAAAAAUCCACAAAAUGUAUUGGUUGUUGUUUAUUUUUGAACACCCAUGAAUCUAUCAAAUUCACUCUGUAGAUUGUUGCCUCCCAUAAUGGCAAACUCAUUAGCCGAUUCUUUUUGCUUGUUUAAAAUCUCUCUAUUAUUUGAAUAGCAGUUGUUUUAGUAUAUUCAUACCCUAUUCCAGAUAGUUUAGCAAAAUAAUGGGCAUUCUUUUAAAAAAAGAAAUCUUUGUUUUUCCCAUUUUUACUCAGUUUAAAUGUUACUUAAUAACUAUUAUUCUACUUAAUAAUAGAGGUUCAGUUGUCCUAAAAUAAAGGACAAAAUUAAUUUUAAGGCAACUGAAAAACUAUACAUUUUAAAAAUAUUUAAAUAAAUAUUACUAUGUAGAUUGCAGUUUUUGUAUUUUUUCAUCCUUCAUUGACUUGCCAACAGAAAGAGCAAUAAAUGGACAUUUAUUCACAUAAAGAAAAAUAUAUUAAAAAUUAAAAUCCACAUCAAACAAAAUCACAGUAGGUGCCUAAAUCUAAUUAUUUUUUAAACAGAUUCACUUGUCGCCACUUUUCCUAUUGAACAUAUUCAAGUAUUUGCCUUUGGUCACUUCUUUCGAUUCUUCCACGCCCAGCUGGUAGGCGAUGUCGUGCAUCUCUUUGACUUUAGCGAUCAGAUUUGCUGAAGAAAGUGCGGCCAAUU